GCGCAUUUCCCUAGUUACCGCCGUGGCAGGUGGUUGUGUCGCGUUCUCGAACCGGCGAUCGUCGGGUUGUGUGUUGUUGGCUCGUAGAGUCCGUACUUCGUAGCUCUGUUCGCGUACCACUUUGCGAUUUUAAAAACUCGCCGGCGACGACGAUCGAGGAGUUGAACGGCCCGAUAGUGCGAGACCGUUGGUCCGCGUCCGUUUUGUCCAACGACAAAUGCGAUCGCCUAUUGUUCUUCGGACGGCGCUCUUUCCAGAUUUCUCGGCUGCGAUGCCGAAGGAACGUUUCCCGUCCGGAUCAUUCCGCUCGACCCGUUAACGCACACCGUUACUUCUGGGCCUUUCCGAGGGGUGAAGAAGCUUCAGUUAUGGACUGUUUCGCCUGCACGAAAAAACCCACUGCCAUUCACUGCAAAAUCGUUCUCUUAGACGAACAAGAACUGAUUCAUGAAAUACAGGAUGAUAAAACUGGUCAAGCAUUGUUAGAAGUAAUCUUUCGACAUCUGAACCUUUUAGAAACGGCCUACUUUGGAUUGAGAUACCUGGAUCAAGAGGGUCAAACGUUAUGGCUGGACCCGGCGAAGAAACUCAGCAGACAGCUGCGGGGGGCAGAGCCCUUCACGUUGUACUUCGGGGUCAAGUUCUACGCGGCAGACCCCUGCAAGUUGCUCGAGGAAAUCACAAGGUACCAGUUUUUUCUACAGGUAAAGCAAGACAUCCUGCAGGGAAGGCUACCAGUAAGCUUUCAACUUGCAGCCGAAUUGGGAGCUUAUAUUAUUCAAUCCGAAUUGGGAGACUACGACCCAAGAAGACACAGUCCGGGAUAUGUUUCCGAAUUUCGUUUCUUAUCAAACCAAACUGUAGAACUUGAAAACGCCAUCGCUGAACUCCAUAAGAAGCUGGUGGGUCAAUUACCGUCCGUCGCGGAACUUAGUUAUUUAGAUAAAGUGAAAUGGCUCGAUAUGUACGGAGUCGAUUUGCAUCCUGUUGCUGUAAAACUAAAAGGAGAGGAUAAAAUGGAUUAUUAUAUCGGCUUAACGCCGAGCGGAAUCAUUCUCAUGAAGAAUAAAACCAACGUAGGCACCUACUACUGGCCGCGAAUAUCCAAGAUUUACUUCAAGGGCAGAUACUUCAUCCUGAAAGUCCUCGAAAAGAACGACGAAGAGAUCACCUUCGGUUUUGAAACCUCCACCAAAGCAGCUUGCAAGCACCUUUGGAAGUGCUGCGUCGAGCACCACGCCUUUUUCAGGUUGGUUCAAGUCUCUCCCACUGCUUGUAAUAUUUUCGGUUUAAGUUCCACCUUUCGGUUUAGCGGUCAUACCGAAAAACAGGCAGUCCGCGAUGCCCAACUCAAAGUUCGUACACCUCCCACAUUUUCUCGAACACCUUCCAGGCGAUAUCAACGCAGAAUCGUUGAAGGCGCCAACAAUGUAGGACCAGUUGAUGAAAUCAAAAUGGAUCACUACCAAUCAGAAGUGAAACACGUUUCCAUUCCUCAACCGGCCCAACCGGUAACGUGCAAUAGUUCAACCGAACCAAGACAUCGUUCCGAUUCUCCACGAAGCACCAGAAGCGCUCCUUGGUCUCAACCUCACUCAAGAGGCUUAUAUAACAGCUCAGUUCCACCUAGUCCAAGAUCCGUUCGCUCAGCAGGACCCAGAUAUAGAUCUUCUUCAGUCGAUAGCCAAAGCUCCAAUGAUUCUCGUUCUAAAAGUAGGCGUAAACAUAGAAGCAGAAUGACUUCUGAUAAUGAAAGCGAACUUUCGAAGAGUUCAAAUAGAUCCCAUAGAAAACAUCGAAGGCAUCGCUCACGAGGUAAUAGAAGAGAUUCUGGUUCUGAACAAGAAAAUGGAACGAGUCGUAGAAAAUCUUUAAGUCGAUCAAGGAGAUCUGAUAGUCAUUAUGAAUUGGUGGAUUCUACAUCUCAAUGGAGAGAAGCGCAACGUAAACAAGCGGGACAAAAUUCAAGUUCAAUUCAACAAGCGACCGUUAUAAGCAGUAAACGAUCCGGAUAUUCAAAUAAUGCCCUAGAAACGGAGUCGGAAAUUUCUUACCGGAACAAACACCGCCGUGCGAGAAAACACAGGUCAAGGUCACGAUCCCCGGAUAACAAAACUUGGUUGCCGGAUGAGUUGAAAAAACAUUUAGAAUUCGAUCUGAUAGAUACAUCGGGAAUGAGCGAGUCUCAACUACGGGAAAUUCCAUACACGGUCGUUCAAACCAAUGAAGCAAAGCAAAUGAAGAUUAAACAUCUUCAGUGGGGGAAAGGAGAGAACCAAAACGAUAAAAGAUCGACGGAUAGUCCACCGCCUCCGUAUUCUCCGCAAGUUUCUGAAGCUGGGAGAUUGCGAAAUAUGAGAGUUAGUCAUUCUAGGACUAAAAAUCAGUCGCCUAUUACCGGAGCUGCAGAUUUAAUCUCGAUGACAACUUCUAGUAUUGCCUCUAAUUCGAGUAGUACACAUAGUAAUGCUACAAAUAUGCUGCCUAGGAUGUUGGAUUCUUUAGGAAUCGCGGAUAAUUAUUCCUAUGGGUCGCAGCGUAGUGCGAAAAGCGGUCGAGUUGGAAGUUCUGCACUUUACGGAAAUCCAAAUACACUUCUUAGCGGUUUAAAUAAUGGAUAUCAAGAUUCAUCAUCUUCUCCGACCGUUAGUCACGAACACACAGAUUCAGGUCUUGGUGGUGAUCAAGAUUUGACUUACGGUAGUGAGAGAUCGAGCGAAAGCCAUGGAACUAACAAGGGGAGUGGUGACCUACGUCUAGGGGUAUUGCCAGUGAGUAAAUCCUUCGGUUCCGAUUGUCAGCCAUUGAAUCCCCAGCAACUCUAUCCGAGCCAUAGUAAUAUGGCAGGUUUUAGAGCAAAACAAACCGCCGUCAAAUCUGUAUAUACUCAAGAAACGGACGGUAGAUACGGGCACGCUAAGUCGUCCCGCCUAACUUAUAAUACCGCUUCAAACUCGCCAAUUCACCUGGAAAGGGUGCCUCAUAAGCCACCGGUCGAUGCACGCAACUCGAUCAUGAGGUCUGGGUCUAAAUACAGUAACUCUCCUUACAACUCUCCUUUAACUGAAUUCAUACAUCCAUCUUUACGGGGUUCUUUACGCUCUGUCGCGAGUAGUCCUGCCAAUAACGGCAACGAUUCCGGCCCCUUACGUCUACAAUACAAGACCGGAUCGAGUGUACGCUCGAAAUGUAGCAUUAUAUCGGAUACUAAAUCCGAAAUAGACGAUAACUAUAUGUUCUCAGGACAUAGAACUGAUACUAAUCAAAAUAUAAAUGAAUUUUCUGUCUCGACAGCAGUAAGCUUACCAAAUAUUGCUCAAAACGAGAACAAUCAGCCCCAAGAUGGACCGCGACGAAAAGAGGCAUCCGAAAUGAGUACUGAACUUUAAAUACUUAUAUUAUUUAUAUACUUAUACAAGAAGAAACAAAUUAAAUGGAAAAAAUAUAUAUUAUAUACAUCGAUGUAAAAACAUACACUUUUUCUACACGUAUUAGAUAGCUAUUUGUAUUGAUCAGUGUUCCGAGUAUACUCGAAAUAAAAAAUAUGAAAAAGCAUCCAUUAUAAACGAAAAUUGUAAUCACAUAAAUGUUCUCAAUUCAAGUAAAAGUAACCGUUUUUAAGUAUUACUACAAUAUUAUAGGACUGUUUGUAAUUAUUUCAUAUGUGAUUAUCUUAUGUUGACAGUAUUUAACAUAUUUAUAUUAUGUUGAUUACAAAUAAAAACUUAAGUUCUGAA